AAACAGUCAGUACUGAGCAUGGAGCUUCAUUCACUCGUACACUGCUAAACACAGAAUACUGCAGCCUGCGCACAGAGGGAGAGAGAAAGAGAGAGAGAGAGAGAGAGUGAGAGGGAGAGAGAGAGAGAGAGAGAGAGAGAGAGAGAGAGAGAGAGAGAGAAACACCAAAGGGGGAAAAGAGAAGAGGCAUGGUUCGCAAUCAGGUGGUGACCCAGUGCUCUAUACAGAAAUAGAGAGAAGAAGAAGAAGAAGAAGAAGAAGAAGAAGAAGAAGAAGAAGAAGAAGAAGAAAACGACAGAAGGAUGGUUGAAAGAGAAGUUGAGAGGAGCCAACUUGACCCCUGACCCCUCCGAAGAGGAAAGGAGAGGAAAAAAAGAAAGAGAGAAGGACAUAAAGACAGAGAGGCCAUCCCUUAAACCCCUAAAGAGGAGUAAUGUCCCGCCGCAGCUCCGUGGGUGAGCUCGUUCCCAGGGACAUCUCUGAAAUCCUAGCCCGCGAAGGCAAGGCCCAACGUGGCCAGAAGAAGACCGGAGGUUCCCUGGGUCAGACCUUCAGCUGGUUGAAAGGAAGCAAGAGAAAGAAGAAUGUCACUAAUGGACAGAACCGGACGGGGGGUGGGAUCGGGACUAAAGAGGGAAACGGAACCAAACAUGGACAACACCAGAAUAACGAUACACCUAAAGCUGGUCCUAAGGGUCAGGAUGAGCAGAAGAGGUUGACAGUUCACUACACAGCCUCCUCCUCACACUACCAGGAGAAUGUGUUCAUCGAGGGCAGUCGCCCUCAGUACCUAGAGGACCUGCACACUGAGGCACGGGAGGGGUUAAAGAUACUGCAACAAGAAGAAUAUCACAAUGGAGUGGACUUUCAGGAUGACCAGAGUGGCCUCCCAGAACAGGAUGUCAGCUCCAACCACUGGGAUGGAUGUCAGGAGUCCGGAAGCACCGCCGGGAAUUCUGUUACCGCGGCGACCUCCGCUUUAUCGUCAGCCAUGUCCACGAGACCCGUGAUCACGCGCCAAGGCUCCACGUUCAAGCCUCUGAACCCAGUGAAAAGACUAGAGAAGGUGAAGAACAGGAGCAGGAGGACAACUAUCAUGGGCAUACCCCAGCAGGUCCAGAGAGAGCUGGACCUGCACAGUGGGUCUGCGUACCAAGUUCCUUCCAAGCUCCCGAACGGCUCUGGAGGACAAGGUAGUGACGGCCAACCAGAUGUGGUCGUCAUCCCCACCAUCGACGGAGAGACCCCUCUAGCCAACCACGAUGGAGCUAAGGCAUCCAGAGAGGAGCAGCUGUUGAGACACCACCUCCAGUCUGUUUAUAGGGACGACCAGGGCUUCAGGCACCACAGGGGACUGGACUCUCGUCUCUCCUCCACCCAGAGGCCCAAAUCUCUGGCCGUGCCGGGCACGACCUCCUCUUGCUCGGUUGGAUUCCCCAACUUCCUCCAGGAGGCACUUGGUCCGGUGAUGUCCAUCUCUCCCCAGGCCACCUACCUGUCUAAGAUUAUCCCCAACGCCUAUCUGCCGGCCUCCGUCGACGUCAUACAGAUUGACCGCAGAACCAGCCAUACCAAUGGACACAAUGGGAAAGGAACGGUCCACACCGUCAGCAAGAGCAGCCCGGCAUCUGUGUCGUCAGCAAGCCCCGCGUCUUCGAGGAGGUCGGGUGGCGAUGGUUGCUAUGACGGCGGCGAAGCCCUUUCCCAUGGUGACAGUAGUUCCCGUGACAAUGGUUCUACGGCGACCACACGCUCAGUGACUUCGGGAUCCGGCUGGAGCCACUCGCAGUCUUCCGAGAUGAUCAAGUCCAACUCCUCCGCCAUCUCCUCCACGAAGGGGAGCUUCGGACCUGCUAACCCACAGACAGUGAGCCUCGUUGGGCAGGAGAGACUGCUGCAGCAGCUUGGUGCUGGGGACCAGGACCUGGUGAGCCUACAAAGCUCAGCUAGCUGGGUCAGCAGCACCAGUAGGGUUACUGGUACUGCAACUGCUCAGGGGGGACCUGAGUCGGAUCUAUCUGGGUCUGUCAGUGCUGGGGAGAUGAGCGAUGUUGGAGGAGACUCUCACAGAUUCUCUCGCUGUCUGUCGAUCAUGAAGACCAAGCUGCCCCCGGCUCCCCCCAGGAGAACCAACUCCCUGCACCAUGAGGAGAUGAUAAAGAGGCGACUGGUGGAGAUGAAAGACCUCAGUGACUCUGCGGGUGGUGAGGCUGCAGAGGACACAAGCUUGGUUACUAUCGAGAUCUCUAAAGAACUCUACAAAGAAAUCACAAAGAGCUCUAUCCCUGUAUCCAACUCAUCUGCGUUUAACUCUUUAAAUGGUACAAGAUCCUCCACAGCCUCUAAUCCUCUGAGUCCCACACAGGCCCCCCCUGGUGGUAGGCCAGGGUCCAGCAGCUCUUCCCCACAGAAAGCUCCCUCAGAGGGAGAUACAUUUGAAAAGACCAUGUCCCCCUCCAGUGGGUACUCAACGCAGAGUGGAACGCCGACGCUCUCCCUCAAGGGGAUCUGCCCUUUCGCCUCACCAGGUAAACACCAGAAGAUGCCGGUCAAACCGGAACGUUCCGGUUCAAGAGCUUCCUCCUCGGCAGCCUCUGUCUCGUCUUCCCUCAACUCCCUGUCUUCAGUCACCUCAGAACACGUCAAUCAAGAGGCUUCAAAAAACAUCCCUAGCACACCCCAGCAGGCCUCCCCACCGCCGUCUCUAAGGACAACAGAAAAGCCACCAACGGUGGCCCCGGCGACCCCAACCAGUUGCUCUGCAUCCAUGGCGAUCAGAGAGCUGCUUAACAUUCCGCCACCCCCCAACAUCAAAGCCCCUUCCCCGCCACCUCCGGAAACCUGGGCCCACAACAGACACACCUUCGAACUGCUGUGCGGUCCUUGCCCCAACGUCAACAGGCUAGCACAGCUCCAGAGGCAACAGGAACUGAAAGAUGAAGCUGACAUCAAUAUUAAGCAAAAGCAGGAACCUCAAACUGAAGCUAGCAAAGAGUCUCAAGGCUCAGAGGAAAAGCAGGCUACCGUAGAGGAAGUCCCUUUGAUGAAAUCAGAAAGCAAAUACAUUGUUUCGAAAGAAGAAACUGAGCCUACGCUGGAGCAGGUGUCUGAGGUAUCCGAUCGUGUUAGUCAGGGAGUCGAGAGCACAGAAAGUCAAACGAAAGAAAAAGUAAGUCCGGAGAUGAUCGCAGAGAGGGUAGAGGCAAGUGUAAAGGUCCAGAACCAGAACCAAAACCAGCAGCAGAAGAGUAGUAGUAUUGUACAGGUCAAGGAUCAAGACGAGAGUCUGGAGACACAAGUUAGUUUAGCGACGAUUCCAAAGAAGGAACCCCCUCCUGUCAUGAAGAAAAGUACUCGUAGAAAAGAACCUGUAGUUCAAGUAACAACAGACAUUCAACAAAAGUCGCCAUUUGAUGAGGUCACAGUAGAGGAGAAGGUAGAAUCUCCCAGCGAGAGUGAGAAGUGUUCCCUACAGGCGGAGGUAGAGGUGGUAGCUAAGGAAGUUGAGGUUGAGGUAGUUGCUAAGGAAGUUAAGGUAGUUGCUAAGGAAGUUGAGGUAGUUGCUAAGGAAGUUAAAGUAGUAACUAAGGAGGUUGAAGGUCAGAGUGCUACUGAAAACACUACAGAGGAAAGUCCCACUAAACCAGAGGCAUUUACACAGACCCUUGCCAUGGAGCCUCCCAAAGUGGACAGGGUCUCUCCUCCAGCAUCUCCUCCCCCUGCCCACCAUCCUCCUCCACCCCCUUCUAAGGCACCUCCCUCCUUAGUGUCCACUCCCACACCCGAGGUAGAGGAGGAGUGUGAGGAAGAGAUUCCCAUAGUAGAGCCCUGCUGGCCCCCUCCACCUCCACCAGAGGAGCCAGCAGAUUCAGUAUUUUAUGAGCCAGAUGAGAUGGACUUUCCACCUCCUCCCCCUCCCUUCAUGACGGAGAGCUUCCCAGAUGUAGUGGAGAGCUGUAACACAGUCACUGAUGUCCAGGAGGCGUCCAUUGUGGCUCUGGAUGUGGAGGAGGUUACGGGAACUGUGAAUGGAGCAACUGUGGCUGGGGCAACUGUGAAUGGGGAAACUGCAGAUCUGUCACCCAUUCCGGCUCAAAUGGAGAUGAAGGAGGAUAGACCUGAAGAGGUGAUUCUGAAUUCUAAUGCUGUUCCAACUGAUGAAACCAGCUCUGAGGUAUCUGAAUCAGCUGAGCUCCAAGCAAUUCCCGCAAAUGAGUCAACUGUUGUUUCUCCAGUUCAGCAAUAUAAGAAAGAGGCAGAGGUCAAGCAAUCUGCCCAGCAGUCAAUCACAAUGCAGGAAGCCAUAACUCAACCAACAGAAAAUUCUCCUCAGUCACAUGAAGUCCUGGCUCUAUCAGAGGGUGUCCCUCCCUCACUCCAGGAGGCUCCUCCCCCACCACCAAUGAAAACAGCCUUGUUGCCCCCCUCAAGUAUCUCUCCUCCAUCUCUUAUCAGUGUCCCCCUCCCUUCCCCUGUACAAUUUGAAGAUCCGAUGCACUCUGAGCCUGCUGUGAGUGCCCUCAUUCCACCCCCCGUCAAUGUCCCACCCCUUCUCCCCCUCCCAUUUGAGAACCAACCACCUGCCAGGAGACAGUUCAGCUUGGUGAACAGAGAGACCAGGAGCACAGAGCAUCUGUCUAGGCACAACAGUGCCCCCAUUCCCAAAGAAGACGCCAACAUUCCGCUGGUCACACCCUCUCUGCUUCAAAUGGUACGUCUCAGAUCGGUCAACGUCAGUGAAGACCAGAUGAAAACGCCUUCCGACAACGACAAUAAUUACAACAAGGGGAAUCCACCUGCUCACGAUCAGAGUCUAAUCCCAACCCAAACCCCUGGAUCCCAGAACACAACACCCCAAAAACCAAUCCGGAAAUCCCCAUCUAUAAAAUCCACACCUCUGUCAUUGAAGUCAUCAACACCGUCGAUCAUCGCCCCCUCGAUGCGCUUGCAGGAAGCUAUCCGCAUGAAGACAGCGGCCAUGUCUUCCAGAGAUGGUCUUCUAACGCGCUUUAGAAUGCCAUCCUCCACCUCAUUCCCCAGUAGCAGUGGUGGUGAAUAUGAGAUGUUAUCCCCAAUGUCACCAGAAGGGGGCGACAUGCUAAAGUCCCCCGCUUCCACUGCUAGCUUCAUCUUCUCCAGGAGCUCAAAGAAGGUCGUUAUAGAAACGCCUGUCGCCUCUUCCUCCCCCGAGAUGCAGGCGAGCCUUCAAAAGAACCUAGCCGCCGUGCUCAUGAAGGUUUCCGACCAAUCGACGGCUUCCACGGUCACUAACGGCAACGCUGGAAGAACCGGGAUUCCGAGGAGGGUUCCACCACCCGUGGCUAAGAAACCAGUUCUUCCAGCGUUGCAGUUAGCGACCUUGGAGAAGACUGUUUUUUCUAUAGUGACACGUGGUUCUCAGAGUGAGAGGAGCACUCCGUCACCAAGGGGAACAGAAGCUAACGAGGAGACAGAGACGGUGCAACCUGCGGGCCAGAAAGCACUGACAGAGGACCACAAUACAGCAAGUAAAAUGGAGACGUCUAGCAUUGCAGAAGCACCGAUGCCCUUGUGAAAAAAAAGACUGCUUUGUGUGGACUGAACUUUUGUGGAUUGGGACUAAGACGGAGGAACAAAGCAACGACUGCAAGACCCAGAGAGACAGAGAGAGAGAGAGAGAGAGAGAGAGAGAGAAAGACAGAGAGACAGAGAGACAGAGAGAGAGAGAGAGAGAGAGAGAGAGACAGAAAGACAGAGAGACAGAGAGACAGAGAGAGAGAGAGAGAGAGAGAGAGAGAGACAGAAAGACAGAGAGACAGACAGACAGAGACAGAGAAAGAAAGAGAGCGAGCUAUGGAGAGAGACAGAGAUAAUCAAAACAGUAUUCACUUAAGAAGUCAACUCAGUUAAAAUAUGUGAACGCUUCUCCAAAAGCCUUCAUAUUUAUGCAAACAAUGGGGUCGGUACCCAUUUCUUCGAUAAUAAAGCUUCCCUUUUGGAGUAUCUAAACCAUAGAGCUCUAGGCCUCUAUUCAGUCUGUAAAGCUGAAGCGUUACAGAUUCUGCUAAAUCAAUUUAAAGGUAAUUUCCGAUUUGAGCCGACACGUGCAGCGUUUACCGUCAAUGCAGUCUCCCCUAAUUAGGAACAUUGCCUUGUAAAUUUAAAUUACGACGCAAAGCUGAACUUCGGCGAUGCAGAUUGAAUAGAGUUUAGUCUGCUUUGGCAAACUGCAAACAGUGCCCCCUUCAGGGCGAAUGUUGUACUGCGGCUGGAUUUUGUAAAUGCAGUACAAGAAGCUGUGCUUGUAGUAGACCACCAUCUAGAGGUUAGAAAAGGUAGCAGUCACUGCAGAUGAGAAAGAAAACCUAGAGGACAAAUAAUAUACGAAGAUGGGACUUUCUAAGGUGUUUGAAGCUUUCUCUAGUAAUUUUUUCUUCAUUUGACAUUUUUGAGUCAAACAAUCAUCGAAUUGUCUUAUUUCCAGAAGGAAUGUCAGAUUCUGAAAUCUUUAGAUCUUAUCAAUCAAUGAAUCAACCAAUCAAUGUGUUCUUUUUUUUUUUUUAGCUUUUUGAUCAGCAUAAAUAAAUGUUUUUUUUUAAAUUAAACUGCAAAUUAGUUUGUGAAUUCGGAGGCUUUAGGUAGUGUGCCUCAAAGAAAAAAGGGAUGCUGUAAAUUUAAAAGGUCAUUUAUAUAUUAGACCUACUGUCAAAUUCUGAAAGCACUUUGUAAACUAAUGAAUCUGUUCUAGGCGCAGAAAAGGUUAAUACCACUGGAACUGACAUUCAACAAAAUUAAACUGCUUUCAAAUUCUAACACUCCAAAUGGCAACCUAUUCCCUGCAUAGUGCACUACUUUAGACCAGAGCCCUAUAGAACCAUAUUCCAUACAUAGUGCACUACUUUAGACCAGAGCCCUAUGGAACCCUAUUCCCUAUAUAGUGCACUACUUUAGACCAGAGACCUAUUCCCUAUAUAGUGCACUACCUUAGACCAGAGAAUAGGGUUCCGUUUGGGAGGAAUCCCCAGGAAGAGAACCCACUGUGUCCUUAUAGUUACUAGACACCAUUCCCAUGCAUUCAAAGACAAUAUGAUAUGUAUGGGUGUUCUCCCUGUUACCAUGGAUUUAUGUUGUUGUUGUUUUAAUGUGUGUCUUUAAGUUCCUUUUAAACAACCUUCCUUAUAAAUACUGUAUCGGCUUCAUUAACAGCGACACGUUUCAAACUAAACAUUCAAGCUUGGUUUGAGUUCAACUGUUUCGUCAAAAAUGGUUUGUUCUAUUUUUAAUACGAUUUUACAGAGUCAGUUUUAUUCCAUCAAAUCCACAAGUACUGUACUAAAUAUGUCUCCUGAUAGUACUACAGAUACAAGGCACCCUAUUCCCUACAUAGUGCACUACUUUAGACCAGAGCCCUAUAGAACCCUAUUCCCUACAUAGUGCACUACUUUAGACCAGAACUCUAUUCCCUACAUAGUGGUACUACUUUAGACCAGAACUCUAUUCCCUACAUAGUGGUACUACUUUAGACCAGAACUCUAUUCCCUACAUAGUGGCACUACUUUAGACCAGAACUCUAUUCCCUACAUAGUGCACUACUUUAGACCAGAACCCUAUUCCCUACAUAGUGCACCACUAAGGACCUGGAACACUGAAACACUAUAUAGGUAACAGGGGACCUAUGAGACCGAGUAGAGAUAAAUGGCCAAUAGUAAAACACUAAAGAUCUUUCGCUGACUAAAGGGCUGGACUCUAUCCACUCUGAAGUUCAGCGUUACAGCGUUUAAAGAUUUACAUUUAUAAUAGAUUUAAAUGUCAAGGUAAUGUUAGCGGCGAUUAGCGGCGACUGCGUUCACAGUAAACGGCGCGUGUUAUCGGCGCGUGUUAACGGCGCGUGUUUUUGGCGCCUGUUAUCGGCGCGUGUUUUUGGCGCGUGUUAUCGGCGCGUGUUAUCGGCCGUAUCGGAAACGACUUUUACAUUUGUGUCACUCAAUCUGUUACACUUCGGGCUUUAGACACUGAAAUGAGCCUUUAGUUCACACGUGUUUGUUUGUUUCUUCUUU